AGUAGUACUACUACUACCACCACUAGUACCACAAGCAGUAGUACCACCAGUACCAGUACCACUACUACUACUACUACCACCACUAGUACUACAACGAGUGGCAGCAGUACCACAAGUAGUACUACUACCAGUAGCAGUAGCACCUCAAGCAGCACUACUACCACGACCAGCACUAGCAGUACUACUACUACCACUACCACCACAAGUGCUACAACAAGUAGCAGCAGUACUACAAGUAGUACUACUACGAGCAGCAGUAGUACCACAAGUACCACUUCCACAAGCAGUAGUAGUACCACAAGUAGUACUACUACGAGCAGCAGUAGCACCUCAAGUAGCACCACUACAAGCAGCAGCAGUACUUCAAGUACUACUACUACUACCACUACCACCACUAGUACUACAACAAGUAGCAGCAGCACCACAAGCAGUACUACCACGAGCAGUAGCACUACUACUACCACUACCACCACCAGCAGUACCACUACGAGCAGUAGCAGUACGUCAAGUAGCACUACAACCACCAGCAGCAGUACCACAAGUAGUACUACCACUACUACUAGCAGUACUUCAAGCAGCACUACUACCACGACCACCACUAGCAGUAGCAGGACCACAAGUAGCACUGCAACCACCAGCAGUAGUACUUCAAGUAGUACUACAACGAGCAGCAGCAGUACCUCAAGUAGCACUACUACCACUAGCAGUACCUCAACUAGCACCACUACAAGCAGUAGCAGUACUUCAAGUAGCACCACUACUACGACCACCACUAGCAGUACCACUACGAGCAGCAGCAGCACUACGAGUAGCAGUACAACGAGUAGUAGCAGUACCACAAUUAGUACUACCACUACCACUAGUAGUACCUCAAGUAGCACGACUUCCAUCAUAA